GGUUCUGCCGUGGGAACUAUUUUCUCCGAGGAGAUGCUGAGAUUACGCACGAUGAAGUGAAAAGGCACUUGAACGCCUCACGGAAGACACCUGCGCAAAUUGCUCCAACACUAAAGGAAAUGCGUUUCUUUCUUUUUUUUUCUUUUUCUUUUUUUCCCCUUCUGUCUUGCAGCGUGUUCAAGCAACGUGAGUGUGGAAAAGGGGCGGAAAAAGUGCCCCCCAAAAUUCCUCGGCGGCUUUUAAAGUCGUAAUAUUGAUUACCUUCUCUCAGAAUGAGCCCACCACCCUCCUAUACAACUUGGUCAGGUGGGGAGAUCUUAUUGGACAUGUGAGUCCAAAAAAAAAAAAAGAGAACCAUUGCGCACCAGACAGAGCCACAGAGGGGCUGCAGUGUGCAAAAAAAUAAAUUAAAAAAUCCAAAUUUCCCAGCCGAGCUUGUGCACACAACAUCUCGACGACUGGAGGAUGGACAAAAUGUCAUCACAUGGACUGCUAAUGGCCACAGGAUACUGAUUCUUCAUGGUUGGUGCCACAAGACCUCAGCUGGAUUGUCCAGUCAUUCCUGGACACCCUCUUCGCUUUUAAUGCCAGUCAAGAGCUCGGUUGGGUCGCCAUGACGAGCGAGGAGUGCCCUGUGCCGCCGGGGCAGCGCGAGGACUACGGCUCGGCGCAGGCGGAUGACAUCAUCGAGGAAGUGGGUCCGUGCGACGACGCCAGCAUCGGCAGUGACCUGAGUACGCUGGUGGUGCCCUUCCCCGAGCUGGCGCCCGUGGUCUUCUUCUGCCUGAAGCAGACCACCUGUCCCCGCAGCUGGUGCAUCCGUAUGGUUUCCAGUCCAUGGUUCGAGAGGAUUAGCAUCAUGGUCAUCCUGCUGAACUGCGUGACUCUGGGGAUGUAUCAGCCCUGUGAGAACAUCGACUGUACCUCGGACCGCUGCCAGAUACUCCAGGCCUUCGAUGCAUUCAUCUACAUCUUCUUCGCAUUGGAGAUGGUGGUGAAGAUGGUGGCUCUCGGAAUCUUUGGUCGCCACUGUUACCUGGGCGACACCUGGAACAGGCUGGACUUCUUCAUCGUCAUGGCUGGCAUGGUAGAAUACUCCCUGGACCUGCAGAACAUCAACUUGUCGGCCAUUAGGACGGUGCGGGUGCUUCGUCCUCUCAAAGCCAUCAACAGAGUGCCAAGUAUGCGUAUCCUGGUCAACCUGCUGCUGGACACGCUGCCCAUGCUGGGCAACGUUCUCCUGCUCUGCUUCUUCGUCUUCUUCAUCUUCGGCAUUAUCGGCGUGCAGCUGUGGGCGGGGCUACUGAGAAACCGCUGUUACCUGGAGGAGAACUUCACCCUCUCUUCAAGACUGGCCCUGCCACACCCGUACUACAGACCUGAGGAGGAUGACGAGCGCCCCUUCAUCUGCUCGCUGGCCUCCGACAACGGCAUCAUGUCAUGUUCCGACGUGCCGGCCAGGCGGGAAGGAGGUCACACGUGCUGCCUGGACAAGGAGGACGCGCUCCACCGACAGGCUCUUGGCCUCAGUCCGGAGCCCAUGGCGAACGGGAGCGGCGCCGGUGAUACUAUUGGUCUGUGCAUCAAUUGGAAUCAGUAUUACACCCGCUGCCAUACGGGAAGCACUAACCCUCACAAAGGUGCCAUCAGCUUUGACAACAUCGUCUAUGCCUGGAUUGUCAUUUUUCAGGUGAUCACUCUGGAAGGCUGGGUAGAGAUUAUGUAUUAUGUAAUGGAUGCCCACUCCUUCUACAACUUCAUCUACUUCAUCUUACUCAUCAUUAUCGGUUCCUUCUUCAUGAUCAACCUGUGCCUGGUGGUCAUCGCCACUCAGUUCUCGGAGACCAAGCAGCGGGAGCACCAGCUGAUGCAGGAGCAGAGAGCACAGUGCCUGUCCUCCUCCACCCUGGCCAGCAUGGCGGAGCCGGGCGAUUGCUACGAGGAGAUCUUCCAGCUGGUCUGCCAUGUCCUUCGAAAGGCCAAGAGGAGAUCAGCAGCCCUGUACUACACGCUGAGGGGCUUGCCCCCGCCGCCUGGUGGAGGCAGAGGCAACAGAAGGGGUGGUGCCAAUCAAAAUGGAGACAGGCAUCAUUCCAAACACCCAAAACCGUACCACUGUCCACACCAAAGCAAGCCGGACCAGGAGUCUCAACCCACCGCAAACGCCAUCAGCCUGACCGUGCCUCAGAAUCCCCAGGACUGCCCUUUGUGUGCGUUAGCCCUGGAAGAGGGCACCAGGACCUUGGGAGAUGCCGCCAGCGGGGACGAGGACGAGGGGGACGCCGUGAAGGAGACGGACAAGGAGGAGAACCACCUGGAGGAGCGGGGCGACGGCAACGAGAGAACCAAGAAGAAAAAGAAAAAGAAGAGCUGCUUCGGACACUGUAGGGACUUUUGGAAUGGAAUAAGGAGGAAGCUGUGGGGCAUUGUGGAGAGCAAGUACUUCAGCCGGGGAAUUAUGAUCGCCAUUCUCAUCAACACCAUCAGUAUGGGCAUCGAACAUCACAAUCAGCCUGAGGAGCUGACCAAUGUUCUGGAGAUCUGCAACAUUGUUUUUACCAGCAUGUUCACCUUGGAAAUGAUCCUCAAGCUGACAGCGUUUGGCUUCUUUGAGUACCUGAGGAACCCUUACAACAUCUUUGACGGCAUCAUCGUCAUCAUCAGUGUGUGUGAGAUCAUCGGUCAGGCGGACGGCGGGCUGUCAGUGCUGAGGACCUUCAGGCUGCUGCGGGUCAUCAAGCUGGUGAGGUUCAUGCCAGCCCUCAGGCGCCAGCUGGUGGUCCUGAUGAAGACCAUGGACAACGUGGCGACCUUCUGCAUGCUUCUCAUGCUCUUCAUCUUCAUCUUCAGUAUCCUGGGGAUGCACAUCUUUGGCUGUAAAUUCAGUCUGAAGACGGAAGCAGGAGACACCGUGCCCGACAGGAAGAACUUUGACUCUCUGCUCUGGGCCAUCGUCACCGUCUUUCAGAUUCUGACUCAGGAGGACUGGAACAUGGUGUUGUACAACGGCAUGGCUUCCACCUCGCCCUGCGCCGCCCUCUACUUUGUCGCCCUGAUGACGUUUGGGAACUAUGUGCUUUUCAAUUUGUUAGUCGCCAUCUUGGUAGAGGGGUUCCAAGCGGAGGGAGAUGCAAACCGCUCUUACUCGGAUGAUGAAAGGUCUUCCUGCAAUUUUGAGGACAACGAUAAGCAGAAGGAAUCGUUGCAUCUUUCAGACCCGAAGAUCUGUACACUGACCCCGAAUGGACACUUGGAUGUGGGCCAGAUGCCUGGCGGCCUGUUUCCUGGAGAGAGGCUGAGCUUUGCACUCGGGUCGAGGAAGAACAGCGUCAUUUCUCUUGGCCGGGCCAACCUGGAGCACAGGGCUGGGUAUCCGGGUCGGAGUUACCACAACUGGGGUCGCCCGCCACCCCCUCAUCCUCAGGCUUCCUGGGCGCGCCGCUCCAGUUGGAACAACCUGAUCGGAGUCCGCCCCUGCUCCUCCUCAUCUCCCUCCGCCAGUCCAAUCUUCACCUCUUCGCCUUCCGCCAGGCCGUUCUAUGGCCAUGGCUUAGGCGGUCUGGGAGGUGUUGUCGGCGGAAGUCUCCGUAUCCGAGGUCCCCGCGCCUCCUCGUCCCCGCUCCGCCACCUCCACAGUGUAAACCCGGAUGAGGAGGAAAGUCUCCUCUCACCUCCUGCUGUUGCUUCCCGAACUCUUCACCUUCGCCAUCCGAUCCUCCAGGGUCAUUUUGUACCCAGGCGGGACCGCCGAGCUCUGUCCCUAGAGCUUCCGCACCUUCUACAAGUCCCAGGUGCCUCGCAUCCUCCUCCUCCUCUGUUAGCACACCGUCCCGUGUCCCCCGUGUCGCUUCAUGCCCACCAGAGGAAAACGAGCUAUUCUGGAGGCCUGCUUAUCAGUGGCAGUGGGGGACUGGACAGUGUGAAUGUCAUAGGUAGAGUUCACCAGGACUGCAAUGGCAAGACUCCCCUGGCACAGCUCCUUCAACCCCCUCCUAACCACCAGACUGAGCAGCCCGGUGGGACAAACAACCAAAGACAGCUGAUUGCGGACGUCUUUCCCCAGGUGAACACGCGUACCAAGGACCGGGAGGACCUGGAUGAUGAACUUGACUAUAGUUUGUGCUUCCGCAUCCAGAAGAUGUUGGAGGCGCACAAGCCAGACUGGUGUGAGACCAGGGAGGACUGGUCGGUGUUUCUCUUCUCUCCGCAGAACAAGUUCAGGCAGAUUUGCCAGUCUAUCAUCACUCAUAAGCUGUUUGAUUACGUGGUGCUGGCCUUCAUCUUCUCCAACUGCAUCACAGUGGCGCUCGAGAGGCCCAAGAUACUGCAGGGCAGCUUGGAAAGAGUGUUUCUCACCAUCUCCAACUACAUCUUUACCGCCAUUUUUGUGAGCGAGAUGACACUCAAGGUGGUCUCCAUGGGUCUGUACAUGGGGGAGCAAGCAUAUUUGCGGAGCAGCUGGAACAUCCUGGACGGCUUUCUGGUUUUUGUAUCAUUGAUUGACAUCGUGGUGUCCAUGGCGGGCGGGGCUAAGAUCCUGGGCGUGCUCCGAGUGCUCCGACUGCUGAGAACCUUGCGUCCCCUCAGGGUGAUUAGCAGAGCUCCAGGCCUGAAGCUGGUGGUGGAGACCCUCAUUACCUCCCUUAAACCCAUCGGCAACAUUGUCCUCAUCUGCUGUGCUUUCUUCAUCAUCUUUGGCAUUCUGGGCGUCCAGCUGUUUAAAGGCAAGUUCUUCUACUGCUUGGGCCCGGAUGUCAAAAACAUCACCAACAAAUCCGACUGUCUGCAAGCCAACUACAAGUGGGUCCACCAUAAGUACAACUUCGACAACCUGGGUCAGGCUCUGAUGUCCCUGUUUGUACUGGCCUCGAAGGACGGCUGGGUCAACAUCAUGUACCACGGCCUGGAUGCUGUCGCUGUGGACCAACAGCCGGUGACCAACAACAACCCCUGGAUGCUGCUCUAUUUCAUCUCCUUCCUGCUCAUCGUCAGCUUUUUCGUCCUCAACAUGUUUGUCGGCGUGGUGGUGGAGAACUUUCACAAGUGCCGGCAGCACCAGGAGGUGGAGGAGGCCAAGAGGCGCGAGGAGAAGCGUCAGCGCCGCAUGGAGAAGAAGAGGAGAAAAGCCCAGAAGCUUCCCUACUAUGCCAGCUACAGCAAUGUACGCCUGAUGAUCCACACACUAUGCACCAACCACUACCUGGAUCUCAUCAUCACCUUCAUCAUCUGCAUCAACGUCAUCACCAUGUCCCUGGAGCACUACAAUCAACCUCACUCUCUAGAUCUGGCCCUGAAGUACUGCAAUUACUUCUUCACCUCCACUUUUGUGCUGGAAUCCAUCCUCAAGCUGAUCGCCUUCGGCUUCCGACGCUUCUUCAAAGAAAGGUGGAACCAAUUGGACCUUGCCAUUGUGCUGCUGUCUGUGAUGGGCAUCACUUUGGAGGAGAUCGAGAUCAGCGCCGCUCUGCCCAUCAACCCCACUAUCAUCCGGAUAAUGAGAGUACUGAGGAUAGCACGAGUCCUGAAGCUGCUGAAGAUGGCCACAGGAAUGAGAGCCCUGCUGGAUACGGUGGUCCAAGCCCUGCCUCAGGUGGGUAACCUGGGUCUGCUCUUCAUGCUACUGUUUUUCAUCUACGCCGCCUUAGGAGUAGAGCUUUUCGGAGAACUAGUUUGCAAUCAAGACUACCCAUGUGAAGGAAUGAGUCGUCACGCUACCUUUGAGAACUUUGGCAUGGCCUUCCUGACUUUGUUUCAAGUCUCUACGGGCGACAACUGGAACGGCAUUAUGAAGGACACGUUGCGGGAGUGCCCACCAGACCACGGCACAGACGUGGACUAUGCCUGCAACCCCAGCCUUCAGUUCAUCUCGCCCAUGUACUUUGUCUCCUUCGUGCUCACCGCCCAGUUCGUGCUCAUCAAUGUGGUGGUGGCCGUGCUGAUGAAGCACCUGGACGACUCCAACAAGGAGGCCCAAGAGGAGGCGGAGAUGGAUGCAGAAAUUGAGCUGGAGCUGGCCCAGGGCACCCUCUGUUGCAUGGGCGCCCCCGGCUGCGGGGGUGGCGGAGGAGGGCUGGACAAAGGCGCGGUCGGACUGGGAGCCGACGCCGAGGCCAACAGAAAGGAUGGAGGAGGGAGGACGCGCAUGGGGGCCGGCGCGCACGGGGCGCCGUACAACACCGCCGACUCCAACCGGCCCAUGUACUCACCAGCACAGGAGAGCCAAUGGUUGGACAGCGUAUCUCUCCUGAUCAAGGAUACAUUAGAAGGGGAGAUGCUGAUGAUCGACAAUCUCUCUGGUUCUGUCUUCCACCAUUACUCCUCCCCACCACUCAUCUGUAAAGACUGCAGGGGCCACCCACAAGAGAUCAGGAUGGCGGAAAUCGAGCAGGCUUCGCUGAAGUCGGAGCAACUCAACUCAGACAAGUCUUCGUCUCCCGCCCUCCCGGACGACCUCAGCUUGGACGAGCACACGGCCUACCAGCUGCUCGUGCGAGAGAGCAAGUUCCAGGGAAAGUGUAGCAGUGGCUCCUGCAGCUCUGAAGAGGCUUCUGGUCAGCAGGUCCCCCAGACUGUAGUCCAAAGCCAGGUCCAAGGACUGGGCCAUCUCCCCAGGACUCUCUGCAAAGUGGAGAUGGAGCUCCAGGACAUAGAAAUACAAACAAAUCCACCAUGCUCACCUUACUACAGCCCGAGUGGUGUUUGCAGCAACAGCAACAGGGAAAGAAACAGAGAGGGAGAAGAUGAAGCCAGCGGCGUCUCUCCACUCCUUCCGUUGCCAGGGGCAACCAUCCCAGCACCUCCCCGCAGCAGGAGCCUGAGGCUGUCCAGGGGCCUUAGGUUGACCUCUCCUGCUUCCUGGGCUUCAUUCCGCUCCCCUGGAGGCCAUAGCAAGAUGCUCUGUACGCAGUACCCAUCUCACAGUGACUCAUCGCUUGCUACUGGCAGCUCUGAAGGCAGCCUGCAGACCACCCUGGAAGAAGGACUGAGCUUCAGCAUCUCUCCACCUCAGAACAUGGAGUCGCCAGCAGCUCCUUUACCACAUGAGUGCCCAUUGCGUGAGGACAACAUUAGCAUGUCUUCCCCGGUCCAGACCCUGAGACUGAGGCCGAGCCCUUCCUCGGCUCUCACCCUCCAGGCCACCAUCGGCCAACAACGGAGCCAAAGCAGUGGGCGAGGCAGCACAAGCCCCGGCUUCACCCGGGAUGACUCCAUCGACCCUUCAGAUGAGGACCUGGGUAUUGUUAUCGGCUCGUCCAUCGGCGGUUGUGGCUCCAGUCAAGCAGGCAACAGUGAACACUUGUCAGAGACCAUGAGCAGCUUGUCACUGACAUCACUGCUGUCUCCUAGCUCCCUAGUGUACCCAGGAGGACAAGUGAAGAAGUGCAAUAGCACGGGAAGCCUGGACCAAGGGGGGAUGCUGCUAUCAUCCCGUGGAAGGGAGUCCCGUAGGGAAAUUCUAGGCCUGGAGCUUAUGGACCCCCAGGGUUUCUUGGCCAACCCUUGGUCUGGGGUGUUAGCCGAGGCGAGGAGAGGAGACGGGGAUGAAAUUGGAGACGGGUUCAGAGGGAAGAGCUCAAGCCAAACAACAGUCGGGCCUUUUCGCAAAAACAGAUGAAACCUGCUGCUUACUUAGUGUCUCCUUUUCCUUGGAUAUGAAUCCUUUGCUGUCCCCAUCUGCACUCUCUCUGUUCCCUCUAACGAAAGAGAGGCUCGAUGGCACAUGAACCCUCAUAUUUUCCCAGUUGACCCCUCUAUACAUUUGUGAUGAACCAAAAACCUAUUUUGUGCAACCUGGGGGAUUUGGUCAUGCUGCAGUGUAGUGGUGAGGUUGUACCCAGCGUGGCCCUAGGGGCUAAGGAUAGGCGCGAGUAGAGGGUUCUGUGAGGAGAAGCAUGAAAAGAAUGCAAGCCAGCUCACGAAUGCUGAAAAUGCAUUAAAAAAAAUGAAGAUAUUCAAACUGAAAUCCAAGCCAACAGACUGUUUUUGAUGUGUUUGUCUGUGAGGCAGUGCAACAAGUACACUGGGAGGAGGUCUGCAGAUGUCGAGGCUAAAGGUAGACUGGGGACAUCGUGACAUGUCAGGUCAUUAGUUUUGGCCGGGGAAAGCAGAAAGCGGAUCUAAUAUCCAUCUGCUCCGGCAGACGGAGACAACGGGUCCCAUGCACUCUCUCUGGCACAAGACCUUCUGCUGACAUCACGGUAAAUCGCGGGGUGGAGGAGAGUUCACCAGUGUGGGUGUUUGUGUGUCGAGAGCACUGCCUCAGGUACGCAAGGCAUCGAAUGCAGUUCUCAUGCGUUUGCCUUUUGGAAAAGGAACAGUUGUGGAUUGUUUUCCUAUCUCAAGCAUCUCUCACUGGAUUGGUCGGACCUUUUAUAGCCAGUGAGACUUAAAGCACACUCCUUUUGACAACGUUUCCUCUCUCCAGAGUUUGAGAUGAAAACAAAAGGUUGCAAGGAACCUUGACUUGCAUGAUGGAAAUGCAUUUAAUCAAGAUUUUUUGGUUUGUUAGUUUUUUUACUUGUGUCGAGAUGUCUGUGUCGGCUUAUGACCGCGUGAUUCCAGAGAACAGGUACAUGCAAGUUGUGGCCAUUUACCGCACUCCUCCUGUUUUAAGUCCAUUCCCUUUGUCCGUAGGUGAUUUUUUUUAAUUUUUUUUUUAUAUCCGAGCAAAACAGUCAAGCAAAAAAAUUGUAAUCCUUUGGCAGACACAGC